CACUAGAAGAAGUGACGAACACCAGAAGUGACUAACGAAAUGCAACAUCUUGUUUGAUUAGAUGAAAUGAUGGACUGAAUUAUCUGCAAUUCCAUUCCAUGUUUUAUCAAUACUGCGCCAUGGCCGAGCAACAAUUCGAUCCAAUCUCCUCUCGUAAAGGCUGCACUUUGGCGAGAGCCAAAACGGAUCAUGUACCUCACAUUCAAUCCAUGACCAGAGCUGCGUACUCCAAAUACAUCGACCGUAUCGGCAAAGAACCAGCACCCAUGAAAGCCGACUAUUACGAGCUCAUCAAGACGCAGCUGGUCUACAUACUUUACGACGAUGAGAAUGACGCAGUAGUAGGCGCCAUUCUACUUCGCCUUGAUCCUUCAGCGAACGCACUACAUAUCAACAAUCUGGUCGUUGCCCCAGAGGCUCAAGGCCGCGGAUACGGCCGAGUCUUGAUGAAAUGCGCCGAGGAUGUGGCGCGAGAUUCACGAUGCACAUCUCUCCAACUCUACACCAAUGUAAAAAUGUAUGAAAACCUCAUUUUGUAUCCCAAGAUGGGGUUCGUCGAGACAGAGAGGAGGACGGAGGAUGGGUACGAGAGGGUGUACUUUCGUAGGGAGCUGGAUGUUGCAUAGACUCCACCGCAGUCUGUGUUAUUCUUACUCAUUGAAUGAAGAAGGCCUCGCGUGCACAACGUAGGGAACACAAGGGCCGCCAUACAGUCGAAUUUAUAUCAUUUCAGGAUGCUUAGAGUCGGAAACCAAAUCAACACUGCAGAUAUGACUAUGAGUCUGUCGUUGUAAACCGAAUACUCAAGGCCUCAAGCGAGCUAAACUCGAUUGACCCACUGGAAACUGAGACAGCCCAACCAAUGAGAAUCAACACUGAGC